AUGACAACCCAGGCUCCUAUCACCGAUGCCGAGUAUAUCACAGACGUCCUCAAUAUACCUAGCAGGUCAAGCCCGGAAGAUGACAUCGAAUCAAUUACUUCAUGUCAGAGUCAACCUGAUCUUAGUACCAGGAGAGCGACCUUCGCAAAGUCCAAGUCCGUAUUUCUCAAUCGACUGACUCGUGAUUUGGAUUUGCUUAUAUACUGUGAGCUAUCGGCCCUCUAUUAUAUGGACUGCUCUAUCAUACACUUCGCCGUACGAGCCAUAGUCCAGUUCCUAUUCCUAACCCCUAAAGCAGCCAAUUUUCCUGAGCCACCGAAGAAUCAACCUUACAUUGGAGCAAUUAUCUUGAGUAACUUAGUCUGUAUCUUCCUCCACGUUGUUUCAUCAAAUCCGUCUGCAGGAGAAGCAUCCAGAGGGUACCUUCACGGUGGGCUGUUCAUUGAUUUCAUCGGUCAAAAAGGCCCCAUUUCAAAAAUUCAGCUGCUUACUAUGGACCUAUUGGUUUUAUGCCUUCAAAUCCUGAUGGUUGGAGCACUCCUGGAGAAAGAAAAGGCCUCUGGAUUGAACCCAUCUCAGCGAACUGUCGGGAGUGCGGCGUCUUCAGCAGUGCAAGAGCAGGACCAUGAUUCCGAGGAACAAGGACUGCUGAGAUCAUCCCAGAAUUUGUCCAGCCAGGAGGCCGAUAUUGGGAUCCAGCAAGGAGAGGGUCUCGAGACUUCGAAUCUGGGCGGUGCCAGAGGCGUUUACACAGUCAGUGGUAUGCAUCCGCGCGACUAUUUCCAUUCGGGGGAAGCCUUGGUUAUGAGCCUGGAUGUCAGCCGUACACUCCAACAGCAGUGGCAUAGCCGUACCUCAGCGCUUGUGUCCCCCUCUGCCUCAUUAAGUAACAAUAGAGUCCCCGCAAGCACAUUCAUUAGACGCCAACUGGGCAUUCAAACGGAAGCUGCCGGGUCUUAA